UCAAAAUUGUGUACAAAUGACGUUCGAUAACAUUCGAGUGUCCCAAAUUGUUUAUAAACUUGCCAACAAAACAUUUGGCUGAAAUUUUACUUUUUAAUACGCAAAAUCUUUUACUUAAUUCAAUUUUUUGCGCUUAAUGCGAAUAAAAAUCAGUAGAAUUGAUUGUUCAAAAACGAGUUCCGGUUUGAAUGUGCACGGCGAAAGUGUUGAAAGUGGAAAAAUUGGUGAUGAAAUUAUUGAACAGCGUUUUGACGAUAAAUUGCGUUGGAUAAAAGGCCAGAGGUUACAGUGUUUGUGUGUGUUUUUUUUGCAUAGUUCCCGAAAAUAGUUUGUCAAUUUUCACACGAAAAAUUGCAAUUAUCAUUUUGAAUGUGCACCAAAGACACUUCGUCAAAAUGUCAUGGUUUAAUAUAAAUGUGAACGAUAGUUUGAAUAGCCUAAAAGGGCAAAUAUCAAACGUUUCAAAUGUAGUGCAUGAUGUGUUCACCGAAGGGAUACUAGAAGAGGAACCGAUACCGAAAAAUGCUAGCGAACCGAGCAAAGCAACCGGCGAUGAUGAGAUUCUGAUAGGUCUUGAAGAAGCCAAUAAGAAAAUUGAUGAAUUGAAUUCACUGUGCGAAACAAAAGAUAACGAAAUUGCAAGGUUACGACAGGAGCUUGAACUCUCCAAAGGAACGUCGUCAACAGCAACAGCAACAGCAUCGACAUCGGCACAUAAAUCGAAGCAUGGAAAUACGCAGCAAUCUAGUCUUGAAGAUAGUUGGUUUUGGGAGUCAGAGAAGGCCGUUUCAUCGGAUUCAUCCAAAGAAAAUGAUGGCACCGGAGUCGCUGCUGGAGCCGUGAAGAAAUCGCCGGCUACCGAUGACAAAGGAGCUCGAAUUGUGGACAGUUUGCGUCGCUCAUUGGAUGAAAAAGACGGUGAGAUUCAGCGAUUGCUCGAAGAGAAUUUGUCGUUGAAUGAGAAAAUCAAGCAUUUGCACCGUGAGUCAAUCGAGCAAGACAAGCGUCUUGAUGAAUUGGAUCAACAGCAUACGGAAGCGUUGCAAAAUUUAGUGCUCAUUAAAAAUGGGCUGCAACAGGAUGUGGCAACGCUAAAAGCUGAAUUGGAAGUGGUUCGAAAGCAAAAAGUGGAAACCGAUGAGAAACUCCAGAGUUUGACCAAAGAACACAAUGAAUUAGUUGUAGAAACCAGUCAGCAGCAGGAAUCAUUGCAAAGGCUCGAUGAAUUGGAGGCAAAACUGGGAGAAAGUCUUGGGUCGAAUGAACGUCUCCGAGGUGAAGUUGAUGAGUUACAAGCUCAACUGAGCGCCAAAACGGCGGAAAUGGCCGAAUCGCGUGAAGAAAAGGACAGCGUCCACAGUCGUGAGGGUAGUGAUAAAUUCGAGUUAAUCGAUUUGGAAAAGGAGAAAAUGACCAGCUCCAUGGAAAUACAUCGUUUGCAAACCGAAUUGGAUGAAAUAAAUGCGCGUCUUUCGAUUUUAAACGAUCUCAAAGAUCAAUAUGAUUCAAAUGUUGCGAAAUUGGGCUCGGUCGUUUCGGAGAAGAAUAGCUUAGAAGAGCAGGUAAAUCGAUUGAAAGUGGAAAAUGAGAGUCUGUUGAAUGAGGUACGAGUGGCACGCAAAGCCGUCGACAAAUUAGAGGUAUUACAAAAAACACUUGAUGAAAUAAAUAUGGAUAAGGAACAAAAUGAAUUGGCUUUUGUCACUCUACAGGAAGAUGAUUUAGUGUUGCAGAAAGAAUUCGAUCAGUUGCGCGCGGACAAAGAGCAUUUGGAGGAAACGCGAUCGACUCAAGACGAACAAAUCACCGGCCUCGAAGCGAAAUGUGCCGAACUGGAGACGAAGCUGCAACAAUUGAAUGUCGAUUACAAGAAAUUGCAAACGGAUCAUGUGCAGUGUGAGGAACGAAUCACCGAACUGCAAUCGAUGCAUGACGCAUUGAAAUCGCAAGCGGUCGACUUGGAAUCGAGCCUCGUCGAAGAGAAUAUGAUAACACAGAAGCAGGUCAUCGAUUUGCAAUCGGCUUUGAAUAGCAUAAAUGCAAGCGAAUCGGACACAAUAAUAUCGUUUGAAGAGCUCAAAGCGAUCAUUUCGAAAACACUGAGCUAUGAACCAUCGAUCGCAAACAAUUCAUUGAAAUUGUAUUUGGAUGCAUUCCUAAAGUCGGUGAAGGAUACGUACCAGCAUUUAUCGGAUAUUGAAGCGAAUCGCAACAAUUUGAUGAAGCAAUUCGAAUCGGUGUCGACGGACAAAGCCACGCUGCAGCACGAAUACAAAACGCUCAAAGCGGAUUUGCAUCAUUACGAAAAGGAAGUGGCCGAACUGAUGAAGAACAAUGGCAUCCUCUUGAAUCAGCUUGAAUGUGUUAAGGCUGGCAAAUUAGAGACCAUUUUAGAACACAACGAAGACAGUAUUUUGCGAUUGGAAACGCAACUCGAGGACACCAGCAAAUUGAAUCAGAGUUUACAAGAUGAAUUCGAAAAUCUCACGCACAAGUUGGACGAAAGUGAGGAGGAAAAGUGUGAGCUUAGCGAAACGAUUCAACAAUUGCAACGGCAAUUGGAUCAAAUGCGCACCGAUGACUCGAAGCUUGAGAUGCAGCAAUGCUUUGAGGAGAAAUUCAAAGCGCAAGCCGAUAGAAUUGUCGAGUUAACAAAGGAGGUGGAUGCGUUGAAGGUGGACCGAGAGGAAAAGCAAAAGCUGGCAGCUGAAAUUGGAGAAUUGCAACGAUGCAAGCAGCAGGAUGCAGAGGAAUUGGAGCGACUGAGAAGAGAUUUCGACGAUUUGGAAGAGGAUUACAAGUUGGCUGAAACAUGCGCCGAAUCGGAAAAGACGAAACUUGAAGCGCAAAUUGAUGAGUUGAAUCAAAACAUUGAUGAGUUAGAAAAACGCCUUCAAGUUCAAACUGCCAGUAUCGAAGAGAAAUCAACGGCUUCUCAAUUGACCGAUGAGCUGCAACAAAAAAUCGAAUUGCUCACGAGAGAAAGGCAAGAACUGGUGAAUGCCAUACAAACGAAACACAACGAAAAUGUUCAAUAUCAUGCAAAAAUCCAAGAGCUCAAUCAAAUGCUAAUGACACUUCAGCAAACGAUUGCCACGCAAAGUCAGCAAUUGGCCAGCGGUUGUGCGACUUGUGCACAGUUAACGGAAAAAGUGACGGCGUCACAUAACGAAAUCGCCACGUUAACCGAUCAAGUUACAUUCCUGAAAGAAAAGUCAGACAUUCUCACACAGAAUCUACUCGUCGAACAAACGAAUCAGAAAAUUUUGCAACAGGAAAAAAUCCAGUUGAAUGAGGAAAAACAAAUGUUGAACAAGGACCUCAAUCGAUUGCGUGAGCAUUUGAUCGAAAUGGAGAAUGCACACACCGCCGAAAUGAUUGAAUUGCAAAAUUUGUUGGAACUCACUCGGCAAGAGGUGGCCAACAUGCAGAAUGAGGCAAGGAAAUCAAAUACGGCUUACACGUCAGCCAGCAUUCGAGCCAAUCAACAUACUGAAACGAUUCAAGCACAAUACGAAGUGUUGAAACAACAGAAAGAUGAACUCUCCGCUCGGCUCAGCGAAGCAGAAGAUAGAGAAUCCAGAAAUAUUGCUGCGUUAACCAAUUUGCAAUGCGUUUUAGAGCAAUUCCAGAAAGACAAAGAAAGAGACGUGGAGGCCAUGACAAAUCGAAUCCGCAAUGAAUUGAACGAAGAAGUAGCCAAGCGUCAAACACUACUCAAUGAAAUCCAAUCGCUGAAAGUACAAUUGGAGGAGUCAAAAGCGGGUCUCUUGGCAGCCGCCCGCAUUUCAGAUCAAUUAGAAAUUGCUCAAGUGACCAAUGCGACCAUCAAAGAAGAGUUACGGAAAACUCAAGACAAAUUGCAUACGGCCGAAGCAAAACUGCAAGAGACCGAAUCCAAUCAGGCCGAUCGAGUCGAUAAGAGUUUGUUGAAGAAUCUGCUUAUUGGUUACAUCAUGGCGCCAAACAACGAUAAGCAGCAAAUUUUAAAGCUUAUUUCAUCUGUGCUCGACUUCAAUCAACAAGAAUCAGACAAAGUUGGAUUGAAUCGAUCGAAUCAAGGGUGGCUCACAUCCAUUUUGCAUGGAUCAACAUCACCGAAUAACAAUCAAGCAGGUGGCAGUUAUAGUAAAGACAGUUUGGCCGAGGCAUUUGUUAAAUUCCUGGAGAAUGAAUCGCGACCGCGAACAGAUGAUAAUGCUCCAUCUUUGCUCAGCAUGAAUACACCGCCAAAGAAUCCAGCUGGCGGCGACGAACCAGUUCGAAAAACAUCGGCCGUUCAACCGAUUUUACUACCCGAUGCAAUGCUUCAAACAUUCACCACACCCCGUAAUUCCAGCUCCAUUCUUAAAGACAUCCUCAACGAUUCUUGAUACGAUCUUUUUUAAACGUCGUGCAAUCCUACUUUCCUUUAAAUAGUAAUAACAUAUAUUAUGAAAAAGAAAAAAAAAAUACGAUGAAAAUAUUUUUUCCCCUAACAACAUUUUUAAUUUAUAUUUUUUAACCGAUUUCCUUCCAUAUACACGUGUUUCUUUUGUAUAAAAACCAACUAUAUUGAUCAAAUUUUGUGAAAAAAUUAAACUAACUCAUAAUUCCACCAAUAAAUGCAUGUACGAUUUCGAUCAAUUCCUUGAAAAUAAGAAGAAAA